CUCUCUGUUUCUCUCUUCUCAUAUUGAUCAUCAUCAUCAUCAUCAUAUUAUAUAAUAAUGGCGCCAAGCAAGUUAAGGAAAGCAAUUGGUGCAGUAAAAGACCAAACCAGCAUAGGUCUUGCCAAAGUUGGGAGCAGUGCUUCCCUGUCCGAUCUUGAGGUCGCCAUUGUUAAGGCGACAAGACAUGAAGAAUAUCCAGCCGAGGAACGUCACGUUCGAGAAAUUCUCAGCUUGACCUGCUAUUCAAGAGCUUUUAUAGGCGUAUGCGUCAACACUAUUUCCAGGCGUCUUGCCAAAACCAAGAAUUGGGUUGUCGCUCUCAAAACCAUCAUGCUCGUCCACCGUCUUCUCGGAGAAGGCGACCCCGCCUACCAACAGGAAAUCUUCUUCGCCACCCGCCGGGGAACACGCUUGCUCAAUCUCUCCGAUUUUCGAGAUGCCUCCAGAUCAGAUUCAUGGGAUUACUCUGCUUUUGUCAGGACCUACGCCUUGUACCUUGAUGAACAGCUCGAGUUCAAGAUGCAUGGAAGAAGAGGGAAGCGAGUUGGAGUAUCCGACGACCACGACGAAGAUCAGGCCGACCUCGCCAUUAUUAAAUCAACCCCGUUGCAAGAGAUGAAGAACGACUUGAUUUUUUCCAGGAUUCAACAUCUCAUGCAGCUUCUCGAGAGAUUCCUUGCCUGCCGCCCAACAGGUUCAGCAAAGCAUAACAGAGUGAUACUUGUGGCUCUAUACCCAAUAGUGAAGGAAAGUUUUCAGCUUUACUAUGACAUAACAGAAAUUCAAUCCAUAAUGAUUGACAGAUUCCCCAUCAUGGAAAUCUCAUACGCGAUCAAGCUCUACGAGAUCUUCUGCCGGUUAAAGAAACAGUUUGAUGAUCUCGACCAAUUCUACGACUGGUGCAAGCGAUCUGGCGUAGCCCGUUCAUCGGAGUACCCUGACGUUGAAAAGAUCACGCAGAGAAAACUCGACGUUAUGGAUGGAUAUUUACGCAAUAAAUCUGCGGAAACCCAUAACAGGAAUGUUAAUCAAUCGGAGUAUUACAGGGUUGAGGAAACCGAAGAUCAUAUGAAGCUAUUACCAGCUGAAGUUAUUGAAGAAGAAGUUGACAUUAACGCAAUCAAAGCUCUCCCUGCUCCUGAAUUAUUACCACCAAAGGAGGAGGACAUUGAAUUACCCAAAACACAAACGGAGGCGGAUUUGCUAAACUUAGGCGAAGAUGCAAUGACAGUUGAAGAACACGGCGAUAGUCUUGCGUUGGCGUUGUUUGACGGAGAAUCAACGAGGAAUGAUACUAAUGGUAUUAGUCCAUGGGAGGCUUUUAAGGAUAGUGAAAAUUGGGAACAAGAGCUUGUUCAGUCUGCGAGUUAUUUAGGAAACCAGAAGACAUCAUUUACAAGGGGAUUUGAUAUGUUAAUGUUGGAUGGUAUGUAUCAACAAGGAUCUACUGCAACUUGUAAUAAUAUUGCCACUGGGAGUGGAAGCAGUAUGGCGUUUGGAUCAGCGGGAAGACCUGCGGCGGCGAUGCUGGCACUACCAGCGCCUCCGACAGCGGCGGGGAUGUCGAAUGUGGACCCGUUUGCGGCGUCGCUGGCGGUGCCUCCGCCGUCGUAUGUGCAGAUGUCGGAAAUGGAGAAGAAACAGAGGUUGUUAGUUGAAGAGCAGAAUAUGUGGCAGCAAUAUUCAAGGAAUGGAAUGCAAGGGGGGCAGAUUAAUAUUGAAAAUGGAGGGUAUAAUAAUAAUAAUAAUUAUGUGCAACAAAAUCCAUAUACUUAUAGCAUGGGAGGAGGAGGCUAUACACGCACUUAUUGA